GUUUCGCCGGCGACCAGGGUUGGCAAAUCGGCUGCGCCGGUAGGUUGGUCCGUUAUACAUUUCACAAAUUCCUGAAUAAAUUGUAUCAUCAUGGACUCCCCGCUUGGAGAUGGUUCCCGACAGCCACCGCAGCACUCCCCCCACCCACUGGCCGACUAUCAGUUUUCCGCGGAGGAGGUGAAGGCGUUACGUGAGUGCAACACAGAGUCAUUCUUCCAGCGGAGUCUUCCCUUUGGCACAGGACUUGGUCUGUUGGCCUACUUUGGCGUCAAGAACGGCUAUCUCCAGGGACAUGUCAAGUACGGAGCAGUGCCCAAGGUCGUGAUGGGCGUCAUCCUGGGCUACUUCGUGGGCAAGUUCAGCUACCAGCAGAAGUGCGCAGAAAAGAUCAUGCGCCUGCCCAACUCCCACCUGGGCGAGCUGCUGCGUCAGCGAAGGCAGGGUGGCGGCGUCAUCAGCUCCAUCACACCCGACGAGAAUCUGGGCAGGGCCUUCACCCUGGCCCCCUUUACGCCCAGCUCGGCGGACGUGUACAGCGAUGAAGCGUUCCAGCCUACAAGGAGUACUUCUCUCAACCUGGACACGGAGUCGCGUCCCACCAUGGCUGGCCUGGACGACAUCUACCGUCCCACUCUGGACUCUGCUUCAAUAAUGGACACGGAUCUUCCCUUGGAGCCGGCCAAGCCGGGUCAGUCGUACGAGGACCUGCGGCGAAGGAACCGGGAGGACUACUCGAAGCACCAGCAGAGUCCCUACUCGCGACCCUAUGAGCCACCAGCUCCCGUCCAGCAGCGACCCGCGGAGCCAUCAGCGCGGAGCCAGCCCGCUGGCAGAAAAAAUCAAUAUGGCGACUCCUGGACAGACUGAGUUUCCACACUAAUCAUUGUUAUUUUGUUGGACAUAAAGCGUGUUUAAAGUUCUGUGGAAA